AUGACUCUGCCGCACAGCCCCGGAAGUGCCGGGGAGCCCCAGAACCCCGAGACCGUGGAGGUGCACAAGCUGGAGCACUUCCAGGAGGAGGAGCAGAAGGAGGAGCGACAGCACAGCUUGCACAUGGGCUCCUCAGUGCAGAGGCGGACCUUCCGCACCAGUGAGGAAGACUACCAGUUCAGUGCUGCUGACUACUCCCUCGCAGCAGCCCUGGCUCUGACGGCCACCUCAGAGAUGUCUUGGGAGGCCCAGCUGAGGCGUCAGUCCUCCACUGCGGAGCUCGAGGAGCGUGGGCAGAAGCGAGUGGGCUUUGACAACGAAUGGGAGAAGACGGAGAUCGCCUUCCUACGUACCCGCAGGCUGCUGCGCCAGCGACGGGACUGGAAGGCCCUGAGGCAGCGGAGAGAGGAGAAGAUCCGGGAGGCCAAGGAGCUGAGGGAGCUGUGUUCCGGCCGGGGGCCCUGGUUCUGGAUCCCUCUGCGCUCCCACGCUGUCUGGGAACACACCACAGUCCUGCUCACCUGUACUGUCAAGGCCUCCCCUCCGCCCCAGGUCACCUGGUACAAAGAUGACACAAGGCUCGAUCCCCGCCUCUUUCCUGCUGGAAAGUAUCGUAUCAAGAACAACUAUGGGCUGCUGACCCUGGAGAUUAGGAGAUGCACUGCUGAGGACUCGGCCACCUACACUGUGGUGGUGAAGAAUGCCUACGGCCAGGCCUCCUCCUUUGCCAAAGUCCUUGUCCGCACGUACCUGGGGAAGGAUGCUGGCUUCGAUUCGGAGAUCUACAAAAGAUCAUUGUUUGGCUCCCGCGUGGAGUUCACAUCGGUGCUGAAGCCUGUGUUUGCCCGUGAGAAGGAGCCCUUCUACCUGUCCUGCUUGUUUUCAGAUGAUGUGUUAGAUGCCGAGCAGAACAUCCAGUGGUUCAGAGACGGGAGACUCCUGAGGUCCUCUGAGCGCCGGCAGCUCCUCAUGGCUCACCGUCAGGCGACUGUGAAGGUGUCCUGUGCCUACAAGGAGGACGAGGGGCUCUACAUGGUCCAGGUCGCCUCGGCCUUUGGGGUCCGCGAACAGAGCACUUAUGUGUUUGUGAGAGAUGCUGCCGCUGAGAAAGCAGGUGCCCCAGGCUCCCCUCUGAAUGUCCGCUGUCUGAAUGUGAACAGAGACUGCCUCAUCCUGACCUGGGCCCCGCCCAGUGACACCCGGGGCAGCCCCAUUACUGGCUACUCCAUCGAGCAGUGCCAGGGUGAGUCUGAGGAAUGGGUGUCCUGCCACGAGGCCCCUGGGGGAACCUGCCGGUGCCCAGUCCAAGGCCUCAUCGAAGGCAAGAGCUAUCGGUUCCGGGUGAGAGCCAUCAACCGAGCAGGGAGCAGCCUCCCCUCCAAGGCUUCAGAGUCGGUUAUCAUGGGUGAAGCUGAGGAAGCCCAGAGGAAGACAGAGAUCUCCUUCGGUUUUGGGAGCAAGGUUACAAUCAGCAAAGAUGAUUUUGAAGAGUCAGUGAUCAUCCCUUCGGCCCCAACCAAUGUCCAUGCCAGUGAGAUCCGAGAGGCCUAUGUGGUCCUGAGCUGGGAGGAGCCUAGCCCCCGAGGCAAGGCCACAUUGACGUACUCCUUGGAGAAGUCUGUCAUUGGUAGUGGCACCUGGGAGGCCAUCAGCACAGAGACUCCCGUGAAAUCCCCACAGUUCGCCCUUUUGAAUCUGGAGAAAGGGAAGUCAUAUGUCUUCAGAGUAAGAGCAAUGAACCAGUAUGGCAUGAGCGACCCCUCAGAGCCCAGUGAGCCCAUCACCUUGGGGAAGAAAGCAGCUACCCUGCCUCCUCCCGCUCAAGUGCAAGCUUUACGAGACACACAGACCUCCAUCUCCCUUACCUGGAGCCCUGUGAACGGAGGCCCAGAACUCCUGGGUUACUACAUCUACUGCCGAGAGGUGGGGUCUUCUGAGUGGCAAACAGUCAACAACAAACCCAUCCAGGAUCACAAGUUCUCGGUUCCUGGCCUAAAGACAGGGAAGGAAUAUGAGUUUUGUGUCAGUUCCGUCAGCCAGGCUGGGGUGGGCAAGAGAUCCGCAGCCACUGAGUCCAUCAGGGUCAAACAGGCUCUGGCUAUCCCAUCUGCCCCAUACGAUUUUAUCCUCCUGAACUGUGGAAAGAAUGACAUGGUCAUUGGAUGGAAGCCUCCCAAGCACCGAGGAGGUGGUAAGAUUCUGGGCUACUUCCUGGACCAGCACGACCCAGAGGAGCCAGACUGGCAUCCAGUCAACCAGCAGCCCGUCCCAGCCCAGGUCUGCAAGAUCAGCAACCUCCAAGAAGGUCACUUCUAUGAAUUCCGUGCCCGGGCAACAAACUGGGCAGGUGUUGGUGAACUGUCAGCACCCAGCAGUCUGUUUGAGUGCAAAGAGUGGACGAUGCCCCAGCCAGGUCCCCCAUACAACGUACGAGUAUCUGAGGUGCGAGCCACCUCUCUGAUGCUGCAGUGGGAACCCCCACUAUACACGGGAGCCGGGCCUGUCACAGGCUUCCACAUCAGCUACCAGGAAGAAGGCACUGAGCAGUGGAAGCCAGUCACCCCGAACCCCAUUUCUGACACCCACCUGAGGGUUUCUGACUUGGAGUCAGGGAAGAGCUAUGUGUUCCAGGUCCAGGCUGUGAACUCAGCUGGCCUGGGGCAGCCAUCAAUGCCCACCGACCCCGUGCUCCUGGAGGACAAGCCAGAUGCCCAGAAGAUCUCUGUUGGUGUGGAUGACGAAGGCUUUAUCUACUUGGCUUUUGAAGCGCCCGAGGCCCCUGACUUUUCUGAGUUUCAGUGGUCCAAGGACUACAAGGGCCCCCCAGAUCCCCAGAGAGUCAAGAUUGAGGACUCAGUUGACAAGUCCAAGGUCAUCCUGAAAGAACCUGAUAUCCAGGACCUGGGGACCUACUCGGUGGUGGUCACAGAUGCUGAUGAAGACAUCUCAGCGAGCCACAUACUGACUGAGGAAGAGCUGGACAAACUGAAGAAGCUGAGUCAUGAGAUCAGAAACCCAGUGAUCAAGCUGAUCUCCGGCUGGAACGUGGAGGUGCUUGAGCAGGGAGAGGUGCGGCUUUGGCUGCAAGUGGAGAAGUUAUCUCCUGCCGCAGAGUUGCAUCUCAUCUUCAACGAGAAGGAGAUCUUCAGCUCACCGAAUCGCAAAAUCACUUUUGACCGAGAGAAGGGCCUGGUCGAGGUGAUCAUCCAGGUUCUGUCUGAAGAGGACAAAGGAUCCUACACUGCUCAGCUCCAAGAUGGAAAAGCCAAAAACCAGAUCACUCUGGCCCUGGUGGAUGACGAUUUUGACAAACUUCUGAGGAAGGCAGAUGCUAAGAGAAGAGACUGGAAGAGAAAACAGGGUCCAUAUUUUGAGGAGUUUUUGCAAUGGAAAGUCACCGAGGACUGCCAAGUGCUGCUGACGUGCAAGGUGACCAACACCAAGAAGGAGACUUGCUUCCAGUGGUUCUUCCAGAAGAGCGCGCUGCCAGCCGGUCAAUAUGACGAGCAAACAGGGGCAGGGCUGCUCCUCAUCAAAGAGAUGUCCAAAGAGAACAAAGGCCUUUACAGAGCAGUGGUUUCUGACAGUCGAGGGGAAGAUGACACCAUUCUGGAACUCUCAGGUGAAGCUCUGGAUGCUGUCUUCACUGAGCUGGGCAGGAUUAGUGCCCUCUCUGCAGCACCCUUGAAAAUCCAGGGAACUGAAGAGGGAAUCCGGAUCUUCAGCAAGGUCAAGUACUACAAUGUGGACUAUAUGAAAACUACCUGGUUCCACAAAGAGAAACGUCUGGAAAGUGGUGACAGGAUGAGGACUGGCACCACCUUGGAUGAGAUCUGGCUCCACAUCCUAGACCCUAAAGACUCAGACAAGGGCAAAUACUCCCUGGAAAUAGCUGCUGGCAAGGAAGUCCGGCAGCUCUCAGUUGACCUCUCAGGACAAGCUUUUGAUGACGCACUGGCUGAGCACCAGCGCCUGAAAGCCGCAGCCAUCAUAGAGAAGAAUCGUGCCAAAGUGGUGAGGGGCCUGCCAGACGUGGCCACGAUUAUGGAGGACAAGACUCUGUGCCUAACCUGCGUCAUCUCAGGUGACCCGGCCCCUGAAAUCCUCUGGCUAAAGAAUGACCAACCUGUCACCUUCCUUGACCGCUACCACAUGGAGGUGAGAGGGACAGAGGUCACCAUUACCAUCGACAAGGUCAAAAGUGAGGACAGUGGACGCUAUGGUGUCUUUGUCAAGAACAAGUAUGGCUCCGAGACAGGCCAGGUCACCAUCAGCGUGUUCAAGCAUGGAGAGGAGCCCACCGAGCUGAAGAAGAUGUGA